AUGCCCGGCAAACAGUCAGAAGAGGAACAGGUGGAGGUGGGGGCUGCCAAGGAUGGGGCUCAGGAGGGCCUGGGGGGCCUUACAGCAGAGGAGCUUCGGCAGGGCCAGGAGGCUGCCUUGGCACUGGAGGACAUGAUGGCGUUAAGUGCCCAGACCCUUGUCCGGGCUGAGGUGGACGAACUGUACCAGGAAGUGCGUCCCCUGGGCCAGGGCCGCUUCGGCCGGGUCCUGCUGGUCACCCACCGCCAAAAAGGCACAUCUAUGGCAUUGAAGCAACUCCCGAAGGCCUCCACCUCCCUCCGUGGCUUCCUGUAUGAGUUCUGUGUUGGCCUGUCACUGGGCACCCAUUCCGCCAUCGUGGCUGUCUAUGGCAUUGGCAUUGAGUCAGCUGACUCCUACAGCUUCCUGACGGAGCCCAUUCUGCAUGGGGACCUCAUCGCCUUCAUUCAGCCCAAGGUGGGCCUCCCACAGCCGGCAGCCCAGCGCUGUGCAGCCCAGCUGGCCUCGGCCCUGGAGCACAUCCACUCUCAUGGCCUGGUGUACCGAGACCUCAAGCCAGAGAACGUACUGGUGUGUGACCCGGCCUGCCAGGGCGUCAAGCUGACCGACUUCGGCCACACGCGGCCUCGUGGGACCCUGCUCCGCCUUGCCGGGCCGCCCAUUCCCUACACGGCCCCUGAGCUCUGUGGCCCACCGCCUCUUCCCGAGGGCCUGCCCAUCCAACCCGCCCUGGACGCCUGGGCUCUGGGGGUUCUGCUCUUCUGCCUCCUCACUGGCUACUUCCCCUGGGACCAGCCCCUGGCGGAGGCUGACCCUUUCUAUGAGGACUUCCUCAUCUGGCAGGCCUCGGGCCAGCCCCAGGACCGCCCGAAGCCCUGGUUCGGCCUGACGCCUGUGGCAGAUGCUCUGCUGUGGGGGCUACUGGACCCUCACCCCCGAAAGAGGUGUCCCGUGAGCUCCGUCAGAGGCUACCUGGGCCAGCCCUGGAGGCAGCGGGAGGGGGAAGGUGAAGAUGUGGGAAAGGGGAAAGAGGAAGACAGAUAG